UGGCCGUGGCAUUGGUGCUAGCCGUCGUCAUCGCCUGCAACCGCAAGAAUCUCGCCAACUCCUCUGCUGCUUUGAGCGCCUCUUCCAUAGCUCGCCCGAGAAUGUCCGCGCUGGCGAUGGCGAAGGCUUUGGUCGUCGCCCUCGUGGCGAUAGCCGCCGUGGCCGAGCUUGCCGCCGCCAAGAACCACACGAUCCAGUGGUCGGUGAGCGGGAACUACGGCGACUGGUCGGCCUCCAACGCGGUCAGCGUCGGCGACACCGUCGUGUUCACGUACGGCCCGCCGCACACCGUGGACGAGCUGCCGUCGGAGGCGGACUACAAGGCGUGCAGCUUCGACGGCAAGCUGUCGUCGGACGACGGCGGCCGCACCGCCUUCACGUUCGACAAGGUCGGCACGAGGUACUUCGCCUGCGCGGCGGGGUCCCACUGCACCCAGGGCCAGAAGGUGGCCAUCACGGUCACCGACGGCGCUUCGUCGGCGACGCCCAAGGGGAACUCGGCGGCGACCGGCGCGGCCGGGCUCGCAGCGAAGCUGGCGCUCGGCCUCGGCGUCGGAGGAGCCUUGCUUGCCGCCUUCUGAUCGAUCGAGCUUCCUCUUCGUGUUGGUUGGGCCGUGGGUCGUUGCGCGUCCAGUAGCACGGUUGCCAACUUGCCCGCCACUUUGGCGCUUCGCAAUAUGUUUUUUUUUCCGAAUAAGCAAGAGAAUUGCGCAUACGCAAUAUGUGUACUGUUAAUUUGUUAUUUGUCACUCAAUGGAUUGGUAUUUUGAUCAUC